UUACUGUUGCUUAUCCUACGCAAUUUUCAAUUUUAAGAGAGAUGUGUGUGGUGACAGAAAUUUAAAAUGGCAACACACAUCAAAUUAGCGCAAUGAGGAGAGUUAAUGUCAGCAGUUUUAUUUUUUUUUAUUUUUUUUUGAAGUUUGAAUCAAUGGAUUAUUAGUAUGUUUUCAAACUUAAUUACGUGUGAAAUUGUUUAUAUUUUUUAUAGGUUAAUUAGUCAUGAAUCAUGCCGCCAUGUGCACUAAUAUUGUUAGAGGCUUUGAGCUAAUUAGUCAACUCCAUCCCCCUUUCUUUCUCAUAGAUGCAAUUAUAUGUUAGGAAUUGGCAUUUCUAAAACACAAAAGCCUUCGAUGAAUCUGAAGAUAUUCAACAAGCCUCUCUCUCUCUCUCCCUCUCUCUCUCUCUCUGCAUGCAGACACACACACACCCAUUUCUUGGAAGGCAAAUGCUAGCUAGCUAGUGAAGAUAAAAGACUAGAAUUCGAAGACGCGGAUGGCAACUGCGGCUUGCUGCCAAGGCUGCGUCCGGGCAAGACCCGAUUCGCUGCACAAAACCCGGUCCUCCACCGUCUCAAUGGAUCCGGCCGGGCCUGGAAUUUCCGAGUCCUGAUUGAUGGGGAGUUCACGGGGAUAGAGAUGGACCCUCAGGUCGUCAUGAAUUGUGUUCGUGUCAUUUUUAGUGUCGAAGGAGGCGUGCUCUGUGUUAAGGAAGUACAUGAGAGGCGAGUCGAUGCCUUCUUCCGACUAAGGUAUUUCGGGUUCCUACGAAACUUUUUUUGGGAUCGUAGAGGAGAAGCCAAAUCCAUGUGUCUAUCUCACACACAAAUGCCUACAAAUUUAAAGAGUGGCGAAGAAGAUGGAAGUGAAUGCUCAACAAGAAAGGCAGAGGAAGAUGGAAAUGAAUGCUCAACAAGUGAGGCAGAAGAAGAGGCAAAUAUCCGAUCAUCGGCCCCCGAUUCCCCGGCCGGGACUAAUAAUAUAAAUGUCAAUUCGCAUUUGGAAAGACCAAUAAGAGGGCGGAUAGGUAAUACCCCUCCGCCUCCGCCUCGGCCUCCGGAUGAUAACAUGGUGCCGGCUCGAAGAAGCCGGCCAAUCGAUUAUGAGCCAUCAUCCAACAAUGUGGUUGAGAAGGAUAGUUUUGUCCACAUUAUGCUUCUUGUAUUUGCUUUAAUAGUUUUUAUAUGGUUGAGGUUGUUUUGAUGUACUAUCAAAAAUAUGCUACUCCAUAUACGUAUUGUUGCAACUUGCAAAGGUGUGUACGUGGAACAAAUAAAUUUUGGCAUAGUGCUAUAAUUAUGUGCAAUGUAUCGUGUUUAUUCACGUAAGUUUUUCAUUUUUGUUGGGCUACGCUGUUGGUCAUCCAGUUAC